AUGGAGCGCAUUCCGACUAAUCCCGCUCUCGAAGCGCAGCCCAAUUUCGAAUCAGCCGCAUACACUGGCUGGCUCAAUGCUCUCGUCACUGGGGGCAUAACCAGGGAAGACGCCCUCAGGAACAUGGCCGACGGAUGGAGGUUUGAAUGCCAGGAAAGAAUCGUUCUCUGGCAGGAACAAACAGAAGAAGACGAUCAUGCUCUUCGCGAGCAAGAGGAGCGCGAGAGAGCCAAGAAGGCAGCAGAGGAACAAGAGGAACAACGUGAAGCCGAAAAGAAGAAACCGAAGAUCAACGACUUCGAUGCGAGCUCAAUAGUUGCAGACGUUAUCAUACCUCACCCAUCGCAAUAUGCCAUUCAAAGAAUCAAGAACAUGGAGUACGUAGAACUAUGGUAUUUUAGCCCUGACGGUUGCCAUGAGGCAUCCAUUACAUCCAGGUCCACUUCGGAUGCGGACGACGCCUAUGGGUUUGCCAAAGUUGAUGGUGUAAUUGCCCUAAAGACGUUAGCGUCCUUCAGAGCCUCCCAGAAAGCGAUACAGGACCACGACUUAUCAUGGCGGCAAUUCGACUUAGCCAAAACAAGCUUUCUUGUUCACAUCGAGAAGGGUGGAUGGCCGGAGAAACACCAGCAGGCGUUGGCACUGUUCUUCACCCUCAUAACCAAUCAUGAGCACCGCAUGCGCCCACGGGGAGAGAAGACAUUGCUCCGCUAUGCUGGGUUCUUGAGGCGCGAGUGGCACGAUCGGUUGACUCAGAACCAGGGCUUCAACAUAGGCCUCUUCAACAACGCCUUGUACAAUUCCAUUUCAGACGACGUAUGGGAAACGGAGCGAGAUGAGGGACUAAAAUUGGUGCAUUGUCUAUCAAAGUCCCAUCUGGUGAGAAUCCUUCAGACGCUGACCAUAACGCUUCAUAAUCAAAUAUACCCCAUUUCCCCUUUAAAUUAUCGAUUGCGUCUGCUCGCCCGACUACAUCGAUAUCAACGCUUCAUGCUACCGGGAUAA